UGUUAUUCGAUGUAAGGCGUAUAUAUUUGCUUUCUUUCUCUCUUGGCCUCUCUCUCUCUCUUGUCAUCUCCUGUUCGAGUAGUUUCAAUAAAGCGUUUGCUUGCCUGUAUCCUUUUUUUUCCCCCCCUUUCUUCUUCUCCCCGUUUGCCGGCCUUGUUUCGUCCCAUCCUGUCCCGCGAUCGUAUCGAUUAGCUAUCCGUCCCCGGGAAUGCUACAUGUUAGGAAGAAUGCAAUUUGAUGAGAUACUUGUCUGAGACGGUACAUUCUAUUAUCUGUAUAUAUAUAUAUAUCGACAAUAAGUCGGGAGAUCGCACGACACGAUUACAGACGGGAUAAAUUGGUAUAAUUCGAGCAGCUGAAGUGGGGAAGAAAAAAUAAAGCUUUUGGGCCGAACGAAUCGCCUCUUUUUUUUCCCAUUCCCUUUCGGAGUAUUAUUAGAGACAAAUGAUUCGACCCGCCGUACGUCCAUAUCGCAAACUCCUCGUCAGUGCUACGUGGUCGGGACCUGGCGCUGCGCGUUCCUUUUCGGUCUGUGCGAGAGGUGUGGCGGACUCACAUCGUUCGAGAUGCUUGAGUGGAUCGGCCCGCCGGGAGCAGUGCGUUGGAUACGUGUCUCCGGGAAGUGGAGGGAGGGUAGACGGUGGGCUUAAAUAUGGUCAAACGAGGAGGAUGACGGAUGUCGGUACCGCAGUUGGGGUUCAGGACAGUGCUCCGGCAGCGACGUUUGGGCCUAUCCAAGAGUAUGAUUCGAGAGUGGAGGCGGGGCGGUUGAGGGACGAUGAUUUUCAAAGAGCAAUUAUCCAACAUCUCCAAGACCUACAUGAAGUCCUCAGAGGGUAUAAGCCACCUCCAGUAGUCCACCCGUCUCUUGCUGAGUUGAAUGCUGCGCCCAAAUCCUCCUUAUUUGAUACCCUCUUCGGCCGUAGCUCUAAACCAUCCGGCCUCAUCUCACGGAUACCCGAAAACCUGCCAAAGGGUCUAUAUAUGCAUGGCGACGUGGGAUGUGGGAAGACCAUGUUGAUGGAUCUCUUUUAUGACACUCUACCUGCGAACAUCGGCUCCAAGACACGCAUACAUUUCCACAAUUUCAUGCAGGACGUGCACAAACGGCUGCAUCUUGUGAAAAUGAAGCAUGGAAAUGACUUUGAUGGAGUCCCCUUUGUGGCAGCUGAGAUUGCAGAGCAGUCCAGUGUACUGUGUUUUGAUGAAUUUCAGUGCACUGAUGUUGCUGACGCAAUGAUCCUGAGGAGAUUGCUUGAAUCCUUGAUGUCCCACGGCGUUGUUUUCAUAACAACAUCAAACCGGCACCCGGAUGAAUUGUAUAAGAACGGAAUUCAGCGACAGUCUUUUAUCCCAUGCAUCCAACUUCUCAAGAAUACACUUACCGUCUUAAAUCUUAACUCCACCACAGAUUAUCGCAAAAUCCCGCGUCCACCGUCUGGUGUUUAUCACUGUCCCCUCGGUCUGCAGGCCGACCAUCACGCCGAUAAAUGGUUCGAGUAUCUAGGGGAUUUCAAAAAUGACCCACCGCACCGCGCAGUGCAUCAAGUCUGGGGACGCGAUGUCGUCGUUCCACAAGCUUCAGGCAAAGCGGCAAGAUUUACAUUCGAUGAGCUGAUUGGCCGACCCACGAGUGCAGCGGAUUAUAUCGAGUUGAUGAGGAACUACAAUGCGUUCAUCAUUACUGAUGUGCCCGGGAUGACGCUGCAGCAGCGUGAUUUGGCCAGACGAUUCAUUACGUUUAUUGAUGCAGUCUACGAGAGUCGGGCUAAACUCGUCCUCACCACCGCUGUUCCUCUCUCACACCUCUUCCUUUCCCCCUCUGAGAUCAAAGCCUCGAUCACUCACACCCCAAAGCACUCUGCUGCUAAUUCUAAACCCAUCUCUUCCUCCUCCUCCUCUUCUUCUUCCUCGUCACCUGCUCAAGACUCCGGCGAAGACCUGGAUGACUCCAUGCGCAUGUUGAUGGAUGAUCUCGGUCUGUCCAUGUCCCAAUUAAGGGCCACCUCCAUAUUCAGCGGUGACGAAGAGCGCUUCGCAUUUGCCCGGGCGUUGUCAAGAUUAGCGGAGAUGGAGGGCAAGGAGUGGGUUGAGAGAGGGAUGGGCGUGGGACUGGAUAUCAAAGCAGGGAUCGAAGAGAAGCAAGCGUGGGAUAAGAUGAGGAGUCGGUGGACGGAGGACAACAUGUGA